UAUCGUCGUCUGCUAGUAGACAUUUCCCACGUGUUGUUUCAAUCUCUUCAUCUGCGACAUUUAGGAUUACAUUUUUCGAAGCCCACAGAAAAUGCCAGAAGUGUGUCGAAAGCAAGUAACUCUUGAAGUAGAGCUAUCCCUAUUGGAUCCUCAACUUAGAUCAACAGAUCUGACACAUUUAUGUGAUGAUCUCAAAGACCUGAUUGAACACAUCCAAAAAGGAAACUUUGAAGAUGUUCUAAAGCACUGUCCAAUUAGGAUUUUUGGAGCAGGUAUUCAACAAUCGUCAAUCAAAGAAGCAGUUGAACGAUUUUGCCAUGAUAAUUCAAGUGAUGAAACCAGUUUAUUUCAGUUGCUUUGCAUUGGGAUAUCUGCCUUGCAGCGGUUUAUUCAAAGUAACUGGCUUGGAUGCAACAAAUGUGAAAUGUCAUCUGAUGAUGACAUGAUAGACAGUGCAUCCAAAGAAUGCUUAAUUAUUGAUGCAGAAUGCUUAUUUCCCACCAUUAAAGACCUACAAUUGCUCUUGGCUGCAAAAACCAUCUUAUUUGACUUCAAGGAACAGUUCAUGCACUUCAAGCUUUCAGGUUGGUGGCUCAUGAGGUAUUUAUAUGUCCACCAACGAGUCUUAGAGGAGUCAUCCCAAUUGCUGCAUUCUGCAUUCCUUGAAAACAUUAUUGGCAAGAUUGAUCAGCUUGAAGAAUCACUUGGAGGUAACUUGCUUUUCAACUCUCUGUUGCAGUUGGAGCUCGGUUACACCUACUUGCUGUAUGGUGAAGUGCAAAAAACCAAACUUCAUUUUGAAAAAGCUAAUGAGAUUGUUGGUUUUAGAUGUGAAUGGACAGGAGCAAUGGGGAAAAGGACGCAGUAUCAACAAACUCCGCUACCCCAAUUAACUAUCAGAGUUCAUUUCAACAUGGAUGAGGCGCUGCUGACAGAUACUACCGGACGAGCAAGUGAUCUGCCAAGAGACGUGCGAUUAGAGGAUGACACCCGUUUGAAUCAGAUCGCCUUUAUCAACAAAGAUGACAAUAUUCUCCCUGAUCUUCCUCCUCUGUACCAAUCUCUUUUGAUUGCUCAUGCAACUCAAAUUGAAAAAUUCCAUCCUAAAGAUGACCUUCUUGGAGAAGAACUAUCACCUUUACUAAACUGUAUCUUAGGCUAUCCAAAAAUCUGGUCUUUUCAUGUCAGCUCUUUGGUGAUGCGCUCCAAGUUGGAGUCUACGCAGCGCCGCGCUGUUGAACGAGCUCUUUCUCAGUUGCAAGAGCUAGCAGAUUCUCUAGCAAAAGUCAGCCCUGAUGCACAUCGUCGAAUUGAAUAUUUUUAUGUUUCGCGAAUUCCGCUCGAGUGUGAACUUCAAAGCGAAUUGGCCGAAGUUCUUAAAAGUCUUGGAGCAAUCAGCAGUGCGUUAGACAUUUAUAUUCGUCUCCAGCUGUGGGAUGGUGUUAUUGCUUGUUACCAACAACUCGACAGAAAACAUAAGGCAGAGGAAAUUGUCCGCCAAGAAUUGGCAAAAGGUGAAACACCCAAGCUGUGGUGUCUACUUGGAAAUUGCACUGAUGAUGUGACAUAUUACGAAAAAGCAUGGGAAUUGUCCAAGCACUCGAGCGCUAGAGCUCAACGAGAUUGGGCAAUGCACUUUUACAACAAAAAACAGCUUCGCGAAGCUAUCCCCCACUUUCAAGAGUCCUUAAGAGUCAAUGGAUUACAGGAAAAUAUCUGGAUUCGAUUGGCCUUUUGUGCUAUGGAUAUGGAAGACUGGGAAAUUGCCGCCUCUGCAUACCGUCGAUAUUGCGGUCUGAACUCUGAGUCGUUUGAGGCUUGGAAUAAUGUAGCCAAAUGUUAUGCCAAACUGGGCCAGAAAACUCGGGCUUGGAGAGCUUUGCAGGAAGCCGUCAAGUGUAACUAUGAAAAUUGGAAGAUUUGGGACAAUCUAAUGAUCGUAUCCAUCGAUUGCUGCGAAUAUGAAGAAGCCAUACGUUCAUACAACCGUAUCCUUGAACUGAAAGAAAAACAUGUCGACGUUCAAGUGCUGAAAAUAUUGGUUCAAGCAAUCGUGGAGAACAAAGAAGAUAAUUACGGCCAAGAAGUCAAUCGACUCGGUGCAGUUGUUCAAAAACUUUUUGGCCGCUUAACUUCACAGGUGACCAAUGACGCACAAGUUUGGGAAGUGUAUGCCGACCUUUUGGCUGGCAACGGAAGUACGGAAACAACGACGGCCUUUCGAGUGGCUCAACUCAUGCAAAAAUCCUAUCGAAGUGCCAUCCAGGAAAAGAACUGGGAAAAGGAUAUUCAAUCUUGUACGUUUACUCUUAGGUUGUGUAGAAAGUACGUAGAAAGUUGUCUAGACUUGAUGAACAAGGAUUCAUCCAAAGAAAAUUUUCAACUUGCUAGUUCUGCAAAACUAAGUUUAAGGUCUGCUAUAAGCCAGGUUAAACUUUGCUAUGAGUUGGACCUUCCAGAGGAAAUUAAAGAAAUUCUUGAUGCCCUGGAAAAUCUACAAAAAGAUUUACAAAAUAAAUUAACUACUAACUAAAUUUGCUACUACUGAUAUUGCAGUGAUUGUAUGUGAAUAAACUUGAAUAAAAAUUUUAUAUAACA